AAUGAUAUUUUUGAUGGAUAUACUGAAUAAUACUAUAGUUUCGAGGUACCCACAAGUGUAACUAAAAAUGUUAUAGCAGAAUAUAAUAGUGUGUCUCCCAAAGUUAAAGACCAUUAUGUUGGAAGUCUGAUCAGCUCAAAUUUUAUAGAGCCAUCUGAUUCUUCUGGUAAGUAUUAUAAUUUGUUGUUUUCAAAAUAUUUAAUUACCUUAAAACCUUUCUUCUUGAAUUUAAUAUUAUAUAGGUACCUGUAAGUAUUUAUUUUAAGCAUCUGUGAAUUUUACAGGACUAGGUAAUAAUUCUUAUGAGUAUUAUGAACCAUUACAUAGUAACAAAGUAAUUACAAGUCCAACUAAAAAUGUUAUAGCAGAAUAUAAUAGUGUGUCUCCCACAGUUAAAGACCAUUACAUUACUCCUAAUAUUAUAAUACUAAAUGAUACGAAUGUGUCAAGAAUUCUGUUCCCACCAGUUGAACAAAGCACUUCAGUUAGUGUUAAAGACAAUAGUGUAAUCAAUGAAGUCAAUCAAUUAAGCGGAGAAAAAGACGCAUCAGAUGAUACUGAAUAUAACAAUUUAAAUAUUGUAGGUAUCAACGAUGAAGAAAAUGAAGAACCGGUUGGAAAUAAAAAUGUGUAUUUUAGAGAACAAAUGAAACUUAAAAGAAUGAAUGGUAAAUCGUAUGUAGGUUAUAAUAGGCAAGGAAAUAAAGUUUUUCAAAAUAUUGAUCGUGAAUCAAGAUCAAUUAAAGCAGCUUGUACAUCAUUAAAAUGUUUAAAAUCUAUGGUACGUUACUGCAAUAUAUUCUUAGAAAACGAAAGAUUGAAAAUGUUUGAACACUUUUGGCAAUGCAAUUGGGAUGAGAAAAAAACAUUUUGUAUAAACAUGAUAAACAAAAAAGAAACAAAACGGUUAACCACAAUUUUUGGAACAGAGAGUCGAAGACAUUUUUCAUAUACUUACUAUUUAAAAUCUAAUGAGAUUAAGUAUCCAGUGUGUAAAGUAAUGUUUUUAAAUACUUUUGGAUUAAAAGAAUGGAUGGUGCGCAAUUGGUUGGACUCAUCAUUUAAUGGUCUACCCAAUAUAAAAAAUAUUAGAAAACAACCUAUUGAACUUGAUAUUAUUGAUGACCCACAACUUGAAGAAGUAUCACCUCGAAGGUCAGUUCAACUUAGACAAGAUCACUUGAUACAGUGGUUUGACAGUUUGGCAAAAAUGCCUAGUCAUUAUUGCCGAAAAAACAAAUAGAUUAUAUUCCAUUCAAUACCAAACAA